AGGGACAAGUCAAAACCACGAUCAUGUAUCGGUAUGAUCAAAGCCACUUUACGCUCGCAUCUAGGCUAUGGGUUGCACUUUUUGGUUUAAAUGGUACAUACUUCCUAGAAUAUCAUCGUCAUUUUUGAUACCGCCAAUAUCCUUUCUUCGAAACUGUUUCCAGUAUGUUGACUCUUUUGUUUUCAAUAGUUGACUUUUUUUUAUUAGAAUUAUCUACUAAAGCUACUAAAAAAUCAAAUCUGUUUAUCUUCAGUGCAUUGCCAUGAAAAAUCAUUGCAGUUAACUUUGCUGUGUAUGAUAUUAUUAUAGCGCAACCUACUCGUUUUUAAUCAGUCGUCAUUGUUUGUCUAAAGAUAGCGCCAGUUGAGCUCGCCAUAGCAUUAGCCGUGGACAUGUAAUUAGCCAGGACAUGUUUGCCGCCGGUCAGAAACGAAGUUGUCUGUUUUGCCGCUUGUUCUCAAAAUGCGGCUGGUCUUGUUUUUGCCUUAUGUAGGUAAAAGUUUCUGCAAUGACCAGCCCAGUGUGCUGGUGGGUGUCUGUGACCAUGUUUCAGUAUUACGUAUGAAUAAGUGAUUGCUUUUAUUUUGUUGUGCUCAGACGAUUCCGAGUUCAACGGGUCAAACCGUGUGGGUGUAUGUUGUGCAUCAGUCACGAAUCUUCCGCUCGUGGCCAAAUUUGUUUAUCCGCUACCGGAUAAACCAAGAAGUGAACUUGCAGCGUGCGUGUUUUUUUCGUGUGAGUCGACUAGCAAAGAAAGACGAAAAAGGACAAAAGCUGUUUCGUUAAACGCCGUCGUGCAUAAGCUCGUGUUAGUUGGCUGGGAUACAAGUUGGCGCCGCCUGGGCUGUCACAAGCCACGAAAAGAAAUCGACUAAGUUUCAACAAAUUAAUUCCUGGUAGCCACGAUGGAGCCACACGGAAGUAAUCAGACAAUAGCGUCCAGCGGUGUUUGGGGUCCCAUUGACACAAUGGAUAAUGCUGAGGAGGCACAUCUUCAGUCUCUUAAUAGGCUUAUGUUGCCUUCACCCUCACCAAUGCAACCGCAACACCAUGAUGUGGGCACACCCAGAUCGAACCAAUUCCCCGGCGGAGGCGCAGGGGUGGGUAUGACACCUCAAGCCAUGAUGCAACCUCAGACUCCAAUGGGCCACGUACCACCACCUGGCAGUACAACUCCCGCGCAGGCAUCAGGGAAGGACACAGGAAGUUUUGCGGCACCAGUAACACCGGCUCCAAUGACCCCAGCCUCUGUAGAUCCAAGCAUCAUUCCACAAUUACAGAAUAUUGUAUCAACAGUGAAUCUCGGUUGUAAACUUGAUCUCAAGAAAAUUGCUUUGCAAGCCCGUAAUGCUGAGUACAAUCCGAAGCGAUUUGCUGCUGUGAUCAUGCGAAUUAGAGAACCGCGAACGACGGCUUUGAUUUUUUCUUCUGGUAAAAUGGUGUGCACAGGCGCUAAAUCUGAAGAUCAAUCUCGGUUGGCUGCCCGAAAAUACGCGCGCAUUGUACAAAAACUAGGAUUUGAGGCCAAAUUUCUUGACUUCAAAAUUCAAAAUAUGGUAGGAAGCUGUGACGUUCGAUUUCCUAUCCGAUUGGAAGGUCUCGUACUUACACAUUGUCAGUUCUCCUCGUAUGAACCGGAAUUGUUUCCUGGCCUUAUCUACCGAAUGGUGAAACCGAGAAUCGUGCUUCUUAUAUUUGUCUCCGGAAAGGUGGUAUUGACAGGAGCAAAAGUCCGAUCAGAGAUUUACGAGGCAUUCGAUAAUAUUUAUCCAAUAUUGAAGGGCUUCCGCAAGACGUAAAUAUUUCGUAGACUCUGAAUCAGCCAGAGUACGCCGAACAGUUUCACUUGUAUUUUUGCCCUGUGUAUUAAGGUGAUUGUUUCAUAAGCGGAAAGGGAUACCGUUGCUAGAUUUUCUCGCUCAUACAUAAUCACAACACAGAAACAUACAAGACAGUCAUAAGGAAAGGUCACACAUGCAUAUAUACAUAUAUAACAAAAUGAACAUAAUACACAAAUAUGUACAAAUACCAGUGUACAGUAUUUUAUUAGUAAGCUUCUACAGUGGGCCAUUUACGGAUCUUAUUAGUGGUAGCUACAUAACGAAUGUAGAAAUUAUAGAUGUCACGUUCGCUGUUAAUGUAAAACUUUUCUAAGUAAACAAAUAAUAAACUUUCUGUUGAUUGUAUA